AUGAGCCAGGCUGUGCCAGUGGCCUCAGCUGACCUUGGGCUUUUCAUCUCCCAGUACCUCAGUUUCCCCAUCUACACGGCAGUGGGCAAGCGCAGAGGUGGAGCUUACAAGGGGUUUUGGUUUUUUUUUGUUAGAUAUAAAAGGCUUAGAUGAGUCGAUGCUAACCACAGCGCCUGGGACGUGGAUGAGGGGAGCCGCAGAGAGCGGAGAGCAGUGCUGGCCAUGGGGAGGGCAGCCACAACCCUCUUGGCUCUGCUCAGCCUAGCAGCAACUAUUUGUGAUGCCCAGGACACCUGCCCAGAGGUGAGAAUAGUGGGACUGGGUGAUGCGGACCGGCUCGCCAUUCUCCAAGGAUGCCCAGGGAUCCCAGGUGCCUCUGGCCCAAAAGGAGAACCAGGCCUCUCAGGAGCAAAAGGAGAAACGGGAGCCCAGGGACUCCCUGGGAAAGCAGGACCACCUGGUGCAAAAGGAGCAGCUGGAGAUCCUGGCUUCCCAGGACCGAAAGCCAGGAACUGCCAAGAGCUGUUGAGUAAAGGGAAGAUCCUGAGCGGCUGGUACACCAUCUACCCCCAAGGCUGCAACACUACCACCGUCUUCUGUGACAUGGACACGGAUGGUGGAGGAUGGAUUGUUUUCCAGAGGCGCUGGGAUGGGUCAGUGAACUUCUUGCGAGAUUGGGAUUCAUACAAACGAGGCUUUGGCAAUCAGCUGACAGAGUUCUGGCUGGGGAAUGACAACAUCCACUUCCUCACAUCACUGGGACCCUGUGAACUCCGCAUUGACCUGAGAGACUUUGAAAACAACUACUAUUUUGCCAAGUACGCUUCAUUCAGAGUCUUAGGAGAGUCUGAGAAAUACAAACUGGUUCUAGGAGACUUCCUUGGUGGAAAUGCUGGAGACUCCUUAUCAUACCACAAGGACAUGCCAUUUUCAACAACAGACCAGGACAACGACAUGAGCUCCUUUAACUGUGCCACAGAAUACAAGGGAGCGUGGUGGUACAACGACUGCCAUUACUCCAACCUGAAUGGAAUGUACUGGUUGGGCGUUCAUGGGAGCUAUGCUGAUGGCAUAAACUGGAAGACAGGCAAGGAAUAUCAUUACUCCUAUAAGCGAACGGAAAUGAAAUUCAGGCCAGUUUAACAUGGCAAGAGGGUGUCUGACUAGCACCAACGAUGCCUCUCUACAGCCAAGAGAAGACACAAAACAU